AUGCUCUCCGACAAAGCCCAGCUGCGCUCCGGCUCCAAAGCGCUCUUGGAAAUGGUCCAGGGCGGUCAUAUCACGGUGGACCUCAUCCUCACCCUACCCAUCGACUGGGUCAGCUUCGCCCUCGAAUGGAAGCAAACGAGCCUUGAGAGGCUGGAGCAGGAGCAGGAGCAGCGGCGCGCGCUGCUUCUCUCCUCGCCAUCGCCGGCUUUGUCGCCGGCCAUCUCGUCGUCCUCGUCGACUCCGAGCCUAGACAGCUCCUCGUGUUCCUCCCCCACCUCGUCGGCGGUGACGACGCCGACCGAAUGCCCAUCGACGCCGAUGCAGGUGGACUUUGCCUCGCCUCCGCAGACCAAGCUCAAGCUGGAGCCGCCACAGUCGCCGCCGCCAUUAGCGUACUAG